UAUGGAAGUUAGCUCGCACCAACGAAGAAUCUGGCAGUUUGCGUCUUGCUACUUGAGAAGCCAAACAUCUCCUUCCUUUUUUCCUUUGUAUAUUUUUUAAUUAAAUUAUCUGUAUGAAAUGACAAGCGGCAGAAUCGGAAACACCGGCCGGCAAGUCUUCUUUUUGACUGUGCAGGUCAGCGGGAAUCAACGAGCGCCCUACUCCGCCAUAAAUUCUUUCGAAGAAUUCUGUCUCCUCUGCAGCUAUUACCCUUCGAAUCGGGGUGACAGGAUCUUGGAAAAGCAAAUUCUGGCGUUGGAUUUGAGGGAAUCGAUCCGUUUCUGUGUGGUUAGUGGUAGAAUGUGAUCGGGCUCAAUCGAAGGGGUUGAAGGAUCUGAACUUGUUUGUUUAUCGGUGGUUUGUGAUUAGAUGGGUUGUUUCUCUUGCUUUGUUUCUGAGGAGGGCGGGGAUUCCCAUUUGCGCGGGGAGGAAGAUGGAAGGAAAGAAGCGCGGACCAUGGAAGCUCCUCGCAUGAAGAUGUUAUCUUCUGCAUCGAGCAAAAUUAGAAGCAGAAACAGUAUGGGUUCUAGAAAGGGUUCAUUGUCUCAGAAGGAUGCGACUGGUGUAACCAUAUCAGCACAGACAUUCACAUUCAGGGAGCUUUCUGCUGCAACAAAGAAUUUUAGACGAGACUGCUUCAUUGGCGAAGGUGGUUUUGGCCGGGUUUAUAAAGGUCGGUUGGAGAACAGUGGACAGAUUGUAGCUAUAAAACGUCUUGACAAGGAUGGGCUGCAGGGAAAUAGAGAAUUUCUGGUGGAGGUUCUCAUGUUCAGUUUACUGCACCAUCAAAACCUUGUUAAUUUAAUCGGCUAUUGUGCUGAUGGAGAUCAACGGCUUCUUGUAUAUGAGUUCAUGCCUCUGGGAUCUCUGGAAGAUCAUUUGCAUUAUCUCCCACCAGAUAAGGAACCCUUGGAUUGGAAUACAAGGAUGAGAAUUGCAGCGGGUGCAGCCAGAGGGCUAGAGUACCUGCAUGAUAAAGCCAACCCUCCAGUCAUCUAUAGGGACUUCAAAUCUUCCAACAUUUUAUUGGAUGAGGGGUUCCAUUCAAAGCUCUCUGAUUUUGGGCUUGCAAAGCUUGGUCCAGUUGGUGACCAGUCUCAUGUUUCAACUAGGGUUAUGGGGACAUAUGGAUAUUGUGCUCCGGAAUAUGCUAUGACAGGGCAGUUGACAGUCAAAUCUGAUGUCUAUAGUUUUGGAGUUGUCUUCCUGGAGCUAAUUACUGGAAGAAAAUCCAUUGACAAUUCCAAACCACAUGGAGAGCAGAACCUUAUUCGCUGGGCCCGACCAAUGCUCAAUGACCAAAGAAAGCUUUCCAAGCUAGCUGAUCCUACGCUCCAAGGACGAUACCCAAUGCGUAGUCUCUACCAAGCUGUUGCCGUGGCCUCCAUGUGCAUCCAAGAAGAGGCAGCUGCGCGCCCACUCAUUGCAGAUGUUGUCACCGCACUGUCAUAUCUAGAAUCGCAAACCUACGAUCCCAAGGCGGUGGCCGCCUACAGCCACCGCCUUGAUCGGCUGAGCCGCGGGUCGAGGGAGGAGAAUCCCAGCCGAGGGAAUCAAGAGGAUGGAAGCAAGUGGGGUUUAUGUGGGAUCGAAAGAGACGACACGCCGAAAGAGAUCGCCGGCGUCAUCAACAAGGAUGUUGAGAGGGAGCGGGCGGUGGCCGAGGCAAUGAUGUGGGGAGCAAACUGGAGGGAGAAACAACGAGCUUCCAGGCACGAGGCCUUGACACUUUGAAAGGAAAAGCAGGAAAGGUAAGGAGGAGCGGGCGGGAUACGGUGUAUAUUGUUAGGAUUUAGGGAGGAGAGCAACCGCAUUCUUUGUGUUUGUUAAAGCGAUAGGAAAUUUUGUCGGAAGGAGGGAAUCUGAUGCUAUCUUUUCAUUUGACCGUUGGGCUUUCUCGGCUAUUACUUGUAUGAGGAUUAUAGCAGAAGUGCUUCGACGAAUGGCAAAAAAACCUAUUAGGAAAAAAAAUUGUUGUUUGUAUCAAUAUUAAAGUUUCUUUAUUUUAAAUUGAUGAAAUUGGGUUUCAUGAAGAUGUAACUGUUUGGUUGAUAGGAGAUUUAGGUUUCAUUUGAGAUGAAUUUCUUUAUACUAGAAAGUUGUUAGUAAGAAAGUCGUCGCAAACGAAGCUUUAAUAAAUGCAUUUUUUAAAAUUGUAA